AUGCAACCUGUUAAUGAAAAUGAACUCUGCUUUCCAAAUUUGCACAAUUCAUCCUGCAGGAGGACCACCCGUCCUCCCUCUACCUCCAUGCUCAUUUAUAUUACACUAUCCUCCAUCUCUGUGCUUACUGUUAUCCUCAAUAUGCUGGUUGUCAUUUCCAUCUCACACUUUAAGAAGCUCCACAGCCCCACCAACUUCCUGCUGCUCUCUCUGGCGGUCUCAGAUUUCUUGGUGGGGUUCCUCAUUUCCUUUCAAAUCAUACAAAUGGAUGGCUGCUGGUAUCUUGGAGACGUGAUGUGUGCAAUGUACCUUGUGUUGGAUUACUUCAUAACUGCUGCCUCAAUAGGAACCAUGGUGCUCAUCUCAGUUGACCGCUAUGUGGCUGUUUGUUUUCCUUUUUAUUACUUCAGCAAAGUGACUGCAGAAAGAACAAAGAUGUGUAUUUUACUGUGUUGGGCAUCUGCUCUUCUUUUUCACUGCCUUCUGCUGAAGGAAAAUCUGCAAAACCCUGGUAGAUUUAAAACCUGCUAUGGAGAGUGUGUGGUUUUUCUAAACUACUUCGAGGGAUUUCUUGAUCUGUUUUUCUCCUUUAUUGGACCCAUAACUGUCAUUAUAGUUUUAUAUUCAAGAGUGUUUGUGGUGGCUGUGUCUCAGGCUCGUUCCAUGCGCUCUCAGGUUGCAGCUGUCACUCUUCAUGGUUCAGUGAGAUUUAAAGCUAAGAAGUCUGAGAUGAAGGCAGCCAUGAUUCUUGGUGUUGUUGUUGUUGUGUUUCUUUUAUGUACCUGUCCAUAUUUCUGUCUUGUACUUGCAGCCCAGGAUGUUGAGGUCAGUGCUUCAUCUGUGACUUUUCUCUUGUUCUAUUUUAAUUCCACUCUAAACCCUCUGAUCUAUGUCCUGUUUUACCCCUGGUUCAGGAAAUCAGUUAAAUUAAUUCUUACUUUCCAGAUUCUGAAGCCUGGCUCAUGGGAGACCAAUGUGGUGUGAAGAGAGUUGGAUCAUUGACUAACCAAUCUAACAACAAAACAGUCCACUGUGAACACAUGAAAGUUGAAUUUAAUGAAGUUAUUGCUUUUGCCAUUUUGAUACCAGUUUUUUACAAAACCAGGAGUUAGGCACAAUCCAGUCAUGAAAAUGAAUGAAAGUCAAUGACGGUCCUCACAGCAAAUGCAAGACAAGAAUAUGCGUGUGCUUGUGUGUGUGCGUUCAUGUGUCUGUGUGAGUGAUUUGAAUCUAACCUAGAAUUAUUUGUGAAAAUAAAUUUGUAAAUACUAGAUUAAGAUUUGACUUGUGCUUCACAUAAGUUUACUACACUGAUUGUAAUGAGCAAGUACAUUACCCAAGUUUGUAAAUAAAGAAUGAUAUUGUUGUAAAUGUAAAUAUAUGUUAUUUCUAAUAAAUCUUACAGAAAAGAAACCCAACCCAGCUUCUCGGGUGUUACAUAGAUUAAAUAAAACUACAGUUACGUAUGUAACUAAAAUUCUAUGAAUUCUGGUUUUCACUACUUAGAAAUUCCGAGCUGCCAACAUUUAGUUCUCAGCCUAAUGCUUUACUACACAAGUUUUGCUGUUUGGUUAAGAUAAUUUCUGUUUCACACCCUCUGGACACCUACACCCUCCCCCAAAUGGUCACAACUCACCUUCAGUCUCCUAGCUCUAGUUUUCGGCUCUUCUCCAAAAUUCCUCCCCAACGCUUGUUGUAAUGCUUUUUAAUUUACUGCAUUGUUGUUUAUUGUAUGUUUGUUUUUGUCUGUGAAGCACUUUGUGAAUUGUGUCUGUGAAAAGUGCUGUAUAAAUAAACUUCUUCUAAAAAUGCUCAAUGGAAUACAUUCUAUCAU